CCCAGCUCAUCAGCCCUCCGACGCUGCCUCCACCAUCUCCCUUUCUGCCCCCUUUGACACUUCCUCGACUCGACGAUAGCGCCCGUCGACAAGAACAGCACACCGCACCGCAUCCCUUUCCCAACAAGCCUCUCGAUACAUAGGGUCGCCAUUCCCACCCGAGACACCAACGACACUCGAUUGUUGUUCUUACGCCAUCUAUCCGCCGUCCAUCAAAGUCGAAACGUUCAAAGCGCGAUUGCUGGGGGAGCUCUGAAACGCUUGGGCGUUUUCUUCUCAACAACCGCAUUGUGUCGAAAGCGAAUCUUGAUUACUUUUCCUUCUUGAUUGUCGAAAUCAUUUGCUCCCGCAGCAUCUAUCAAACACGCCUCUUCGACCACGUACCGUUGUUGCGCCUCAUUGCUUGCCCCGAAGCAAUCCCAAGUUCCGCUGACCGACAAAGCCACAAUCGGUCGAGCUCUCGUUCCCAACCGAAUUCACGCACCUCCUCUUCUGCACAUCUUGGCUUGCAGAAAGCCACCGACCUACCGACCGACCGACCGACCACAACAGCAUGCCUUCCCAAAGGCAACUGCGCACUCUCUUGGUGGGCGUGUUGAUCGGUGUCGUCUUCGUCCUCUUCUACACGUCGUCACUACGAGCGGACGAGGUCAAGGAUGAGCGGACAAUCCAGGACUUCUACCACAAGACAGUCAAUGGUUUGAAACACAAGGAGCCACCCAAUCAGGCCGUGUUAGAUCAGAAUAAGCCCAAGGCAGUUGGCCACGUGCCCGUUGACAAGGACGCCGAUGGUGAUGUGGACGCAGACGACGAAAAAUUGGCCAAAGACAUGGCAGGCCGGUUGAAGGCCGCCGAGGAAAAGGCCAAGGAACUCGCGAACAAGAAGUCGCCAUUAAAGCCAGAUGCACCAAGCGAGGUGGUCGGAAAGGGCAAUUCGGCCGCUGGCCAGGACAAGAAGAAGGAAAAGACAGGCGCCGGAAAGGAGGUCGUUAAGGACAGCGCAGACGACACGAAGAAGACCGAGAGUGACGAGGAACAUGCUGUUGAGGUUGAGUUGAACACCAUCUUGAAAAAGUCGCCAGUUAUUAUCUUCUCCAAGUCCUACUGCCCAUACUCGAAGAAGGCCAAGGCCCUGUUGCUCGAAAAGUACUCGAUCGAGCCUGCACCAUUCGUCGUCGAACUCGAUCAGCAUCCCCUUGGUGCCCAGUUGCAAGCUUUUCUGGGUGAAAAGACCGGUCGGAAGACAGUUCCCAACAUUUUGGUCAAUAGUGUGAGCAUUGGUGGAGGCGACGAUAUUGCCGAGCUGGACGAGCAGAAGAAGUUGGUCCCUAGGAUUGUCGACCUUGGACAGAAGAAGGUCGAGAUGAAGGAGCGGUCUGCCAACAGCCAGAAGAACAACUAGAUCGCUCGCGCCCUUUCCUAUUGUCGUUUCUGUAUUGCUCAACGCUUCGAAAUCGGCGUCUUUAGUGCGGAGGGGGCACCAAGGAAUGGACGGUAAGUGGAGCUGGCGGCGCAUGCCUCUAGUAAAGGACAUUUGCAUAUUCGGCGUUUUGGGAUCAUUCUGAAUCGUGCAUUCCCGACGGCGCGAACCCGGGCAGCAACAUAGGCUCUCCCCUGGGCGUGGAAAGUGGGAGGGUCGCACCACGAGGCGGUUGCGCAAGUCCGGUAAUGUGGAGGGACGUAUGCGGUUACCUUAGUCUGCUCGGAAAUACCAUACCGCACCUGUGAGCUAUCCAUCGCUUCAUCGUUGUCGUUCUACAUACACCUAGUGCGCCGCGAUCGCCUCCAUACCUCAAAUGUUCACCAUACACGGUCCUGGCCCACAGACUGCAUUGCGAAACGCAGCACUUAAUCUGGGCAAGC